AUGGGAGAAAGAAAAGGUUUAAAAAGGGUGGUUCUUCCUCUGCUAAGGUUGGUUCUGAUUCUGCUAGUGAUUUUUUUGAAUGAGAUUCAAGGGCUAAAAGCUGCUGUUAAUGAUCAAUUUAGUUCAACCCAUCAGUCCAUUGAACUUUUGCAAAAAUUUGUGGAUGUGGUUGACUACAAAGUGAGUCACCUGCUUACUCAAAAUGAGGAAUUAAAAAGGCUAAUUGUGGAUCUUCAGCAGGCCAAGGAAACUGGUUUUCCAACUAAAGUUGAGGCUGCUACUCAAGUCUCUGCUCAUAGUACUGGUAAGGGUGAAAGUAAUAAGGUUGGUGAGUCUCCAGCUACUGUGGCACAUGAAAGUGACCAAGUAGUUGAACCUGAACUUGAACCUGCAAUAGAAGCUCCUGUUGAGCAUGCUAGUGACCAGGUCAUUGAACCUGAAAGUGGUCCUGCAAUUGGUGUACCUACUGAGCAUGAUGGUGAAAAGGUUGUAAAACCUGAAGGUGAGCUACCUGUUGAACCUCCAAGUGCACCACCUGUUGAAACUGCUGCUACCCCUACGCAACAGAAGGAAGCCUUUCUCAAGGAUCACCAAGAGAGUGCUCCAACUCAGCUAUCUGCAGUUGCUGCUCCUGCAGCCAAGAAAGGGAGAAAAAGGACUAAAUCCACUGUGUCAAAUCCAUACCAGACCCUAGCUACUGCUCUUCAACCACCAUCUGAUGAAGAUGAGCCAUAG